CGCAGCUAAAGUACUGGCACAGCAGUGAGAGACUCGUGAUUUCACUGGAACUGUAUUUCACAAGGAAAAUGAGUCUAUUAGAUGACGAAGAUGAGCUUCUUGAUGCUGCAAUUCAACUGAGCAUUCAGGAAUCAUGUAAAGACAUCGCCUCUCUCGGAAGUGUGGAACAUCAAAAGAUCUUGGAUGCAAUAUUCCGAGGUGACCUCUUUGCUCUGCAGGAGCUGUCGGACUAUCCUGCCGCAUUCACUGAGGUGGAUAGCAAGGGGUGGUACCCAAUUCAUAGGGCUGCUGUCCAGCAGUCUGUGCAAGUGCUGGAGAUGGUACUUUAUGGUUCUUACAGGUUGAGUUUAGAGGAGGAAACCACAGAUGGAGAGACGCCAUUGAUUUUGGCAACUCAGGCUGGGCUGGUGGAGAUUGUUAGGACUCUGCUUGAGAAUGGAGCUUCACCUAACAGAAUCAACAGCAAAAAUGAAUCCCCUUUAUUAUUGGCUGUAAGAACAGACUCAUUUGAAAUCGCCUUUACACUUAUAUCACGGGGGGCAUCAGUUAACCAAGCCUGCCCUAAAAAUUGGACAGCUAUUCAUGAGGCAGCCAAGGUGGGCUGCACUGACAUUCUUACACUCCUGCUGCAAAAUGGAGGAAAUGUCUUGGAGACAGACGAGCAUGGAGUGACACCCAUGGGGAUUGCUGCAGAGUACGGACAAGCAGAGGCGCUGGACAUCCUUAUUCACUAUGGUGGCGAUGUAAAUGCUCAGGCACCAAAUGGAGACAGUGUGCUACAUGAUGCUGCUAGCUCUGGCAAUCCUGACUGCAUUGAACUUUUACUUCAACAUGGGGCCAAUCCCAACAUCACUAAUCUUUCCUUACAGCUUCCCAUCCACUGUGCAGCAUACAAGGGGCAUUACCUCGCCUUAAGAAUGUUAAUCCCAGUAACCACAAGGAGAGCCCUCCGUCUCUCAGGCCAGAGCCCAAUUCAUUCAGCUGCAGAUGGAGGCCAUGUCCGGUGCAUGGAGCUCCUGGUGGACAACGGUUUUGAUGUCAAUGCUCUUCUAGACACACAUGUUUCUGAUAAAUAUGGAGACAUGCGAAAGACCGCUUUGUACUUUGCGGUCUCCAAUGGAGAUGUGACCGGCACCCAGUUGCUGUUAAAUGCCGGAGCCAAACCUGAUCUGGAUCCCCUGCAGUGCCUCCUAGUGGCGGUGAGAGCUGGGAUGUACGAGAUUGUCAGGAUUCUCCUGGCCAGCCGAGCAGAUGUGAACUGUUACUUCACUGAGGUCAAUGACACAGUGUUUCCCACUGCCUUGCAAUACUGCUUGAGGGAUGAGAUGAUGAUGCGACUGCUGUUAAACAAUGGUUAUGAUGCAGAAAAAUGCUUCUGUUGUCCUCAUGACUCCUCAGAACAAACCAGUGAGAAGAUUCCAUUUUGUGAUUUUAUCAGCGUCUCAUGGCUAGUGCAGUUCUCUGGAAGAGCUGUGCGGGUUCUCCUGGACUAUGUCAAUCAUGUUCCCAUCUGCUCCAAGCUGAAAAUGGUUCUGAAGAGGCAUAAGGUGUGGGCUGAAAUUUCAGAAAUGUUGGGGAAUCCUCGUUCACUGCAACACUUUUGCAGACUAGUCAUCAGGAGAGAGAUGACCCCACAACGGCUGGGCAACCCAAAGUUCAUAAACUCGGGUGGUUUCCCACCAGGACUUAAAAGCUACUUGAUGUACAAAGAAUAUGAUUUGUAUGGAAGAAUCAUGUAUCAGGACUGAUGGUCUCUUAGGGUAAAAGUUAAGGAGAAAGCACUUUGAGUUUUCAUUCAGAAAUGAACAUGAGGUUGACAUGACCAGAUGUUUCGCUAGUUGUCCAUCAUGAGUUCAAAACACUUCAAAAUGUGAAUGUUAAGUAUUUUUAACACUUCACAUUGAACACUAAUGUGAAUUUUGGAUCACUUCCAAAGGACUUUGCCCCCAAAGCAAUGUCUUGGUGCUAUUUGUGCAAUAAAAUAAUGUUCUAGCUGAUGUUAUAAAACAUGUUUAUAUCAGAUGAAAAUAAAAGGAUUGAUGCCUGUUCUAUGAAGUCAGCCUGCUGUCCGCUCAGUACCUACUAGUGUACAGUCAAGAUGUUCCAUUUGUUUUCAUUUUAAGUUUUAAUACAGCACUUUUACAACACAUACUGUACACAACUGGUGUUUAUUGUGUCCAUACAAUGAACACGAGAUUGCAUGUCACACCUCAGUGCUGCUAAACUGUGGUUCUAGAAAAACCUGCAUUAUCACAAUUGAAGUAACUAAAACAGGUCAUACCUAUUUAUAGCUUUAUGCCUUGUUAACAUCAACAAGCAUGUUCAGCAACCUGUCAAGUAGAAGCAUUUGACUUCAGCAUUAUCACAAACUCACCACCUAACCUUGUGAUAAACUGUCAGAAACAUUAGACGUAUUUGUAGUUUACUGUAUACUUAUCUGUGCCUGUUCAAGUAUAUCUGAUUAUUUCAUCUGAUAGAGAUGGUUAUAGAUGAAAAUUGUGAGUAUAUCAUGACAAUGCAAUGUUUGAGUCCUGUUAGUUAGGUUAUACACAUAUUCAAUUAGCUUUGGAUCAUUGGUUUUGGAGGCCCUGAACUGUCAAGUUUACAUCACUAUAACUGGUUCCUAAUCAAAAUGUUGUAAUAUUGCAUGCUGAUAACUUUCCAAUAAUCAUUUGGAAAGAU